UUCCACAUGAUCUUCAGUGAUAACAUGAACAAAGUUUUUAGUCAAAAAAAAAAAAUAACAUGAACAAAGUGUUAUUACUGUUUCAACCAAAAAAAAAAACAGAGAAAAUGUUAAAGAGUACUUCAGAUCAUGAUUGUUCAGUUACUUUAGCUCACUCUUAAUAUCUGAAGUCAAAUCUCACUUUUGAGUUUAUCGAAACGCAUGGAGACUAGUAGAGUGCACGUGUCUUCCGCUGAACCCAAGCACUUAAAUGAAGAUACAGAAAUCAAUAAAAACAAAUAGCUCAGCAAUAAAUUUACAAAAGAAAACUCUCAACUCUGAGCUUGGUGAAAUGUUGUGUUUCUUACACACUUUCCACCAUGAAAUUUAGAGGUAGAGGGUAAGAGAUCUAGAAACUUGGAGAACAUGGUGAAUCAACAUUUCUUUCAGCCUCUUCUUCCCGGCUUCCACAGCCACUUGACCAUUCCUGUAGCCUUCUGCUCCAAGCAUGUAGAAGGAAGAAAAAAUGAGCACAUGACUACGGCGAAGCUGAGAUCAGACGUAUCGGACGAUAUAACCUGGAAAGUGAAGAUAGAAGAUGGCCGGAAACUCACUGAUGGUUGGAAAGAGUUCGCUCUCGCGCACGAUCUACGAGUUGGUGACAUUGUCAUUUUCAGACAAGAGAAAGACAUGGCUUUCCACGUUACAAUGUUCGGACCCAGUUGCUGUGAGAUUCAGUAUGGAUCGCGUUUGAACAAGAACAAGCUCAAUCUCAGUAAGAUUCAAAACAAGAAGAAAGUGAAGAAGAAGAAUAAGAAAAGAUAUAUAAAGUCUUCUUCACUAGAUCCCUCUUGUUUUGUGAAUAAUGUCAGGCCUUCAAGCCUCCGAGAUAACAGACUGACUCUUCCAAAGCGUUUUGUGAGGGAAAAUGGUCUAGAGACAAGAUGUGGAGAGAUUGUUCUAAUGAAUGAAAAGGGUAGAUCAUGGACUUUGAAUUUGAGCCGAAAGGAUUCAUGUGGAACUAUGUAUAUCACAGGAGGAUGGAAAAGCUUCUGUAAUGCCAGUGGACUUAGAACUGGCAGUUUAUUUACUUUCAAACUGAUCAAAAGAGGAGACAGUCUGGUUCUACUCAAGUCCCCCUCCUCCACAAAGCCUGCAGAAGAAGAUUGCUUAGAAGCUUAUGAGAGAGAGCCGGACAGCGAAGAAAAGAGCAACCAAGACAAGAAGCCUAGACUGUUAUGGAAAGCCUCUACAUCUUCACCAUCUCAGAAAAAGCCUAGAUCCUUAUGGAAAGCCUCUACAUCUUCACCAAGCCAAAACCUAUUUCUGACAUUAACUCUCAAAAUUUCGGACGUCAAAAACUCCAGACUGUUUAUUCCGGUAAACUUCACAAGGCUGCAUGGCAUCAACAAGGAAACUAAAAUGGCUAUGUUGGAUAAAAACGGUGUGAAGUGGUCUACGUCUCUACGGUCUGAGACGAGUGGUGGUGAUAGGAUAAGAUUGGUAGGAGGUUGGAAAGAGUUCUUCAAAGCUAACUGUGUGGAGAUUGGUGAAUCCAUCAUUGUGAAGCUGAUUUGGGAAGGAGACAAAAGUUGUGUCCUUGAGUUCUACUCCAAGGUGAAGCAAGAGACCAAAUGAAAUAUGUGGCUGAGUGUGUUCUUUUUUUUUGAGCUUUUGCAAAUACCCAAGACGAAUUGAAAUGAAUCGAUGUUACUUUUACGUUUGUUGUAGGAUCCCACUGUGGGAUCUGUGAGUGUUGAAUUAACUUUAGUUGAGAAAACUCUGAUUUCAAGAAA